AUGACGACGGAUUUGGAAGAGGCAAAGCUCGAGCUUUUCCUUCAAUGGCUGCAGGUGAACGGAGCUCAGCUACGAGGAAGUAAAAUCAAAUACUGCAGUCAUAGUAAACGGUUUGGGAUUUUCAAAUCGAAGGAUGUGCCUGAUGGAGUUCUUCUGGUGGUUCCUCUUCAUCUGGCCAUUACUCCCAUGAGGGUACUGGAAGAUCCUCUGUUCGGACCCGAAUGUCGGUCGAUGUUCGAGGAAGGAGAAGUCGAUGAUAGAUUCCUGAUAAUGCUGUUUCUGACCGUGGAACGUCUAAGAAAGAACUCUUCGUGGAAGCCGUAUCUUGAUAUGCUUCCUAAUGAAUUUGGAAACCCACUUUGGUUUACUGAUGACGAGCUUAGUGAGCUAAAGGGAACGACAUUGCAUAAGGCUACUGAACUGCAGAAGAAAAACUUGAGGUCUCUAUUUGAUGAGAAGGUGAAGAAAUUGGCGGAGAAGCUUUUGGCUCAUGACGGAAAUUCAGACAGUGAAGUGAGAUUUGAAGACUUCCUAUGGGCGAAUUCCAUAUUUUGGACUCGAGCACUCACUAUUCCUCUCCCACGUUCUUUUGUCUUUCCGAGAGCUCAACUAGAAGAUGAAAAAGCUCCGAAAAUAAACGAGUCCGCAAAUCAAGUUACUGAAGUUGGGCCUGCUUCGCAAGAAGGAGAAACUCUAUGGGUGGAGGGUCUUGUGCCGGGCAUUGAUUUUUGCAAUCAUGACUUGAAGGCUGCAGCAACAUGGGAAGUUGAUGGAAAUGGAUCGACCACUGGAGUCCCUUAUUCUAUGUACCUCCUUUCUGCUGGGGAUCUCCAAGCUGGAAAAGAGAUAUCCAUCAGUUAUGGUAACAAGGGAAAUGAGGAACUUCUAUACCUUUACGGAUUUGUCAUUGAGAACAACCCAGAUGACUAUCUUAUGAUUCAUUAUCCCAUGGAAGCUAUUCCGGAUUUGCCCUUCUCCGAGACCAAAGUGCAGCUUCUUGAAGCACAGAAAGGCGAGUUGAGGUGUCUCUUGCCUAGAAAAUUACUAGACAACGGAUUUUUUCCCGAAUGUUCUUCGCUCGAAGGAACUUACAACAAGCGCACGAACAAUGCGAGUAGUUUUAACUAUAGUUGGAGCGGACAACGUAAAAUGCCUUCAUACAUUAACAAACUUGUUUUCCCCGAAGAUUUCUUAACUUCCCUGAGAACAAUAACCAUGAAGGAGAAGGAACUAAACCGAGUCUCUUCAUUACUCGAGGAGCUUGUUGGAUCUGAAAAAGAGAGGCAACCAUCCGAGACUGAAGUUCGAACAGCUGUAUGGGAAGCCUGCGGAGAUUCAGGCGCUCUACAAAUGCUCGUUGAUCUUCUUAACAUGAAGAUGAUGGAACUUGAAGAGGGUUCGGGCACAGAAGAAAAUGAUGCUGAGUUACUUGAGAAAGCCCACAUCAGAGAAACUUCAAACGAGGAAAGGUCAUUCGAAAACAAAUCAGAAUGUCGUUAUAUGAGCAGAAACAAAUGGACUAGCAUAGUAUAUCGGCUAGGGCAAAAACAGUUGGUUCGUCGUUUUGUGGGCGAGGCAGAACAAGCAUUGCAGUUGGCCUUGAGCGAGGAUAGCUAG